AUGGAGAGUGAGAACGUUAAUUCAACCGCUGCUGCUGCUGGCACGGUGCAAUCGAGUGAAACGCCGAUGGAGAGUGAGAACGUUAAUUCAACCGCUGCUGCUGCUGCUGCUGGCACGGUGCAAUCGAGUGAAACGCCGAUGGAGGUGAAAUGCGCGAAAGCAGAAUCUGCAGCAGCGGCAGCAGCAUCUGCAAAGGAAUCGGCGGCGAUCAUCGAUUAUGUGCUAGUGGCCGAAAACGACGAUCCGACGACGGAUCGUAUGGAGUUGCCGACGCAGCCAGAGGAUGGCUCUCUGGGGCUGUCAACCCUGACACAUGCCUACCCAGGCGCACAGGGUCUAAAGUACAAGAAUCCACAAACGGGAGCAUCACGAGCGCUUUUGGUUGAUUCAAGCGGAACGAGGUUUAUGCCACCCAGCGGAGGUUGGGCCGACAAGGUGGAGGUAGAAGGAAGUGAAGCGAAUAAUCCGAAACGAAAAAAAUUGAUGGACGAAGAUGACGGCAUAAGUGAUGAUGGCACAGAAGGACGGGGCUUUAGUGGGGGUGGUUCGAAACAGAAACGCUUUGAUAGUAGUGUGGAUGUGACUACGAGUGAUAGUGCUAGUGGAGGGGGGGAUAUGACAGUGGAGCACGAGAGAGCUGGUGCGGUUUGUGUGGAUCUGAUCGUGUUGGGCAUAUCGUAUAAGGCGUCCGAGCAGACCGUGAAAGCCUAUUUCGAGACGUAUGGCGAGGUGGUGAUGUUCGAU